AUGGAACCUCGCCGACGGCACUCUCUCCGGUCGGCCCCUCCGACACCGAGUACGAUCGAUGAUCGUUCCUCGGACGGUGACGCUGAUCGAGACGAUGUAUGGUCCCACAACACCGGUGGAGCCGGUACCGGCGACGGUGCCAGUGGUGUUGCGACGGCCCGUGCUGAACGAUUGGUCGUGCGUCGAGUCCGAGGACUUCCAGAAGAAGUGGUCCCAAGCUGACUGACUCUUGUGUCGGCUCUUCAAUGCAGACCCUGCCUGAUCUCGAGGCACGACUCGAGACUGAACGUGCGAUCGCGGAUGGAGCCGAACAGUUCUUGCACAUGCUCGAGACCCAACAAGCACCAUCUUCACCUGCUCCAGGAUCGGAUGGGUCGUCGUCCCCACCACGGCCUUUGGAAGGAUUGGGAGCUGGGCAGGAGGAGUUGAAGGCACAGGUCGAGGCGGAGCUGCUUGCGGCUAGGCAAAGGAUACAGGAGCUGUUGAGCCUGAUCGAGGCGUUUCCACGCGGAGGGGGCGGUGAACAAGGUGUGUUCGGGUGGAUCAGGAGGGGAAGAUGCGGUGUCUCGUCAUGCUUAUAUCUAGACACGCUCACACAGAUACAUCAGCCAUGCCACCUAGUCCGGCGCUCUCUGAACCGUACCCGAACGACGCGUUGCCAUCCUUACCUCGUACGUUUUCAGAUGGGCGCAACCCAACGGGGGUCGUGGAUCAAGCAGCUCACACCGAAACUCUCUCGCAACCCUUCUCACAGCUCAUCAACCAACGGAUAGCUUCUUGCCGACCUUUGAAAUGGUCGUCCAUCUGCUCCAACGCCUCGACGAAACUCAGCAGGUCUCGGACAAGUUGAGGGCGAUGGAUUCGAUCGUCGACGCGCUCAAAUCAGAGGUCAGGGUCAAGUUUGAGCUUAAGAUGGAGGAUUAUCUCGCUACGUGAGUAAUCAAAAAUGAGGAAAGUUGAAGCUAUGUUUAUAUCGACCGCUGGUCUGAUGGGACUUGGAGCAGCAUCAUGGAAGGACUCGGCGAGGAUGCAGGAAAGCACGUUCGCGCAGGCUCGUAUCGGUUACUACGUCAUCUCAUCGUCGAUCAACAUGACGUGUAUCAACUGCAUGCAUGUUUCCUCGAUAUGUUUCUCGUCAAGUGAGUUGUUCCUCCUUCUCUCGUGGAACAUCUGAAACUGCUCGCCCACUGACCUCUUCUGUGCCGUACAGAUCAUUAUCGAGGGACUCGAGAGCAGAAGUCGAAAAGGAGCAAGCUUUACGACUCAUCCGACUUCUGCUAUCCUUACCGGAUACGGACCAACCCGUUCAACCUGCCGUUAUUCGGGCGAUCGUUGCCAUUGCGGAGAACCAGGAAGAGAAAUUGCGGCUCGCGUGUCUCGAGACAUUGGGGGAGCUGCGUGAGUCGGCGUGCAUUGUCGCGGGACGAUUAAAAGAGACGCAUAUAGACCCAUUCGCUAUUACAUCCGCGUGAUCCCCGCAGUCAUUCGAGAUGUAUCACUCCUUGUUGCUGCCGAAGGGUUACCGGUCGUUUUGCAAUCCCUCUCGGAUGGUCCUCACGAUCUCUCCCCCUUCGUCAGCAUGGGUUUGCUCUGGGUCUUGGACAAACCCGACACACGGCAGUACUUUCGGCAGGGAGUCGACCUUGAGGUGCGUGGAGCCCAGAGAGAUUGAUCAGAUGGUGACCCCAUUACCAACCUUGCUGUUCUGGACUUUGUAGAUUCUGUUGGCUGCUUUUACUGAUAUGCCGACCAAAGGCGCCGUGUUUGAAGAGCGUGUGCGAGCGAGCUCAAAGAUGAUUGCAAACACGCUCAAGUCAUGGAGUGGUCAGUGCUACACCUCUUAGGGCGAUCCGAUCUGGCGUUAUGCUGACUUCUUUUGCCUGCUCGUACAGGCGUCAUGUACUUCAACUUGAAUGGGAAGCGGGCUCUGACAUCACUCGUCGCUUCUUUGACGACCCCCUCUGCGUUCAUUCGAGUGAGCAAGACCAGGUUCAUGUCACAGCUAGCGAGGAAAUCUUGUCGCUAAAACAUACUUCGUUCGUAGGACGCAUUGCUCGACAUGCUCUUCAACGUCUUCCACAUCGAAGCUCCCUCCUGGUACACCUCCACCGCCGGAUCCCGGCUCAGUGGCCUUAAGCAAAGUCGGCCCCCAACCAGCAGCGCCAAUCCGACCGACAUCAACGCUCCCCCUCGACAACAAGCCAAUCUAAUCCAACACUACCUCGCCGUCUUGCUCCUCAUCUUCAUCGAUGCCGGACUCAUUGAUGCCCUCGUCUCUGUCGCUGCUGAUCCAAGGGACGCGACGACGACACGCAAAAUUUCACUGCUCAUUUCGGAGAUUCUGGCCCUUUCGAAUCGAGUCCUCCCUUUAUCGCAUGCUGUCCGAGUGCAGUCCCUUCCUCGCUUGUUCAGUCUUGCUUCGUCGUUCGAUACGAGUGAUGAACGCCUAGCAGCCGGGUCAACGCUCCUCGCCGUGGAUCAAUUCAAUCGGGAACAAGCCCGGGUUCGUCAACAUCGGCCCUUAGACGGUGCGGACACGCUCGCGUUCUUGAACUCCGAAGACUCGGUCAAGAAAGUGCAAAAGCGACAAGUCGAAACGACGAACCUCAAAAUGGGCAUGGCGAUCGACGACGCGACCUUUCGUAACCUGUUGUUACUUUCGAGGGUGUUGGAUAGCAAGGAGGAUCAUACGAAGUGGGAUUUGGACACGUUGUUCGAAUUGGUCGAGGGCGCGCUGUUGAGUCCCAAGCGGUUGGACGAGGCAAUGCGAGCGACCAAGUUUAUGAGAAGGUUGUUGAGCUUUUUUCAUCCGUUCUCGUUGAGGUUUUCCGACAUGAAAAAAGACAAGGUUGGUCGAACGGAAUUCUUAUUUUCGGCUUUCACUUUGAAGUGCCUAACAUCUGAGCUCCAUUUUUGCGAGUGCAGGAUUCGGUCAGAUGGACUAGAUUGGGGUGCGCAUUGUUAGAGACGAUGAUGGCCAAUCCCGACGGCGUACGAUAUUUGUCAGAGGACAAGUUCCUACGGCAGAUCGCCGACGCUCUCGGUCAAUUGGAUUCGGUGAGGAUUCUCGAAACUAGUACAGCUUUCCCGGUCGUACGAGACUGAUGAAUGUUCGUUUCGGGAAUUCCUUCACAGGCUACUAGUCCACCCGCAACAGAGCUGCUCUUCUCCAAGAACCGCGUCGAAUCGACCCUCGCAUUCGGCUAUUUCGAGAUGCUCGGUGUGAUGACCAAAUCGAGCGAAGGAACCCAACUGCUCGAAAAAAUGCAUAUCUUUACGUCCUUUUACCGCAUCAGUGAACUUCGAUCGAGAGAAGACCUGUUGCAGCUCAUCCUGGAGAAUGUCGAUUACGCGCGUGAUGGACAUCCACGGGUCUUCCUUUCCAAGGCGCUAACCUCAAGUCAAAAGGUACGUUCCAGGCCCGUUUUGCGUUGAUGCCAUUCCUUUGGCUUACCAGACUAAAAACUGUGGUGAUACCAUACAGCCCGUUCGGAUCUUCGCAACCCAACACCUCGCCAAAUUGAUUCAACGCCAAGGUCCGAUCGCCGAGGAAUGGCAACUGCAACUCUUGCUCACGCAAUUAUACGACCCUUCGACCGAAGUGCGAGAACUCGCCGUGCGCGUGUUGGACCAGGCUUGUCGGGUGCAGCAGACCUUGGAGACGGUCGUGCAGAUGAGACCUUCACUGGAUCAUCUGGGACCGAUGGGUGCUGAUUUGUUGACGAGGUUAGUACCAACUCGGCGCCGUUCUGACAAGAUACUGAUGUGAUCUGAGCGGUAUUCAUAGAUUCCUUUCGACUUCGAUUGGCGUGGGUUACUUGCACGAGAUCGAGUUCAUCGAUCGCGAGCUCGAGGAUUGGUAUGCCGUGAGUUAUAUGCUCCACGCGCCGGAUGCUUUAAAAGCAAAACCACUUACUUGAUCUCGUAAAUGCAUCCACAGGAGCGCAACUUGACCUACGUGAUCGAAUUGGAGCUCUUGAUGGCACAAGCUCUUCGCAUCGACGAACUCCCUUCGUCACUGGGAGCCUCAAACUUCGAUGGCACACCUCCGCCUCACUUCUACGGAGAGCUCGUCAAGACCUCGGAAGGAUGCGCGAUCCUCGAAGACUCGGAUCACUUCUUAAUGUUCGCCGACUACAUUCGCGACCAUGCACUCGAGGACCAAGACCCUGAGAUUCUGCUCAGCCUCAAAGCCGCUCUCUGGGCCGUGGGGCAUAUCGGAUCGACCACGGGCGGACUCGAGUUCUUGGAUGGGGAGCUCGUCAUUCCGAGUAUCGUCGAGAUCGCGGAAGACUCGCCCGUUUACUCGAUGCGAGGUACGGCGUACUUUGUGCUUGGUCUCAUCGCUUCGACUUUGGAAGGCGUCGAGAUGCUUGAGGAAGUGGGAUGGGAAGGCGUGGUGACGUCGCUCGGAGGGGCGACGAGCUUGUGCGUCCCGAUGGAUCUGGCCAACUUUGUUCAUGUGAGUUCGAGUAGCAGAAGUACGAUUUAGAAUCGGCCGGACUGUUGAACCCACUUUUGGUUUUGGUUUCCCUCCCAGACUCCUACUUGGACACCACCGACGGCCUCCUCACCCGAGUCGCUACUCCUGCAAGCCCCAUCAUCACCCUACGAAAUCGAACUGCUUUCCGCACUAUCGAAUCUCUCGAACCACAUCCUCGCUACCAAAGCCUCCAAAACGCUGGCUCGGCUAAAACAAAAGCACCGCUCGCUCUUCUCCGAUCCAGGGAUCUUCUACCGGGCUUUGGAGAUGCUCGCGAACAGCAGCUAUCGCCUCGCGAUACGUCGCUACAUCCUCGACCUCUUUGACAUCCCCAUCGACUCGAUUGGGGUCUUGCGGAUCAUGCAAGCGGGUGAAAAUCUACAACUCGAUGACGCCGCCGGAGGAGACGUCGAUGAAGCGGACGAAGCUGGCAAGCUCACGCCCUCGACUCCAUCGGUGGAGGCCGGGAAACCGAGACGACCUCGAGCAGCGACUCCUAAAAUACACAAAGGCGUCGAAGCGAUUUUGGGCGAGUCGAAAGGGAUGGAUCCAGGCGACGAAUCCGAGUCGGAUGGUGGUGAGGACGUGGGCUCGACGAGUGAUGAAGGCGAUGACGUCGUCGGUGGCGAGGUCGGGGAUGAGAAGAAGAUGAUCCCUUUGCAGGUGUGUGCGCCUUUGUUGAGCGUCAGGGGCUUCUUGAUCAGUUAG